CCAUAAACCCAUGGCCAAGCCAUGUUCCUAUUAGCAGGAAGCUAAUAAUGCUGGUGGCUAUAGCUUAAAGGCUGCUCCUGCUCUGUGCGUUCAGAAAGUACAGAGCACGCUCCAGAGAACAGAGCUGAUUCAACCCAACUUGUUUUGUUUUGGUAAGUAGAAUCAUAGACCUGUUUGAGUUGGAAAAGACCCUUAAAAGUCAUCUAGACCAACUUUAAUGCAAUGAACAGGGACAUCUACAGCUAGAACAGGUUGCUCAGAGCCCCAUCCAGCCUGACCUUGAAUGUCUCCAGGGACAGGACAUCCACCACUAAGUGCAGAGUAGAAUAACACUUGCUCAUGACUGCAAGAGAAGAACAAUGAUUAUACACAGACUGCAAGGUUCAGCUUAUCUUCUACUCCAGCACUGAUGGAAAGAAAAUGUCUCUACCAUAUCACCUCUGAGAUCUUCCUGGAAUUAAGGAACUUAAGCACGUUUAUCAACAUAGAAAUAAGUAAAGUUGACUACAAAAGCACCUCCGCAAUGAAUCCAUCAAGAAUCAUUUCUGUAAACUGCAAGACAUUUGGACACUUACAUACAAUGCUGGUUGAAAAUCCCAAAGACAUGCGAUGUCUAUGUACAUGAAGGGGGAAGGGGAAGAGAGAAAGGAUGAUGUAGACCAGAAGAUGUCUGAAAUUAGGACACACUGGCGAAGUCGUAAUAAAUUCAGUACUUCAAAAAGGGAAAAUUUUCCUUUGCUUUGUGCAAUGCUAAGAGAGCUGACUGUAAGGUAAGCCACAGCUGGAGCAGUGGGUGAAACUGUGAAUGAAAGAUGGAGAAAACUGGGGCUCUUUGGAAAAGAGUUCCGUAGAUAAAAAUGGCUCGAAGGUGUGGAUACUUCACAAGCAGGAGGAGCAGGACCACUUCACCAUUCAGUAUAGCAAGCUAGGGUUUGAAAUGAAGAAGAAAUUAUGGCACAUCAACAAACUGUCCUCUAAAUCUCAAAAGGGCUGGUAAAUCUGGGUGUGGGGGUGCCCAGAGGGGGGGAUGUAGGGGGCUGAGGGGCAGGAGGGGGCACUGGCAGUGCAGAGUGAGCCUGGGACUGAUACCUAACAAGUACAGACCACAGUUUGAAAUAUUUUUGCCUAAGCACAUCCAUAUGACAGAAUUACUCUCAACAGAAAACAAUCAUAAAUGAAUAAAGAAAACAUAAAUGCCUCCGAACCUCAGGAAAGCUGAGCUUGCAAGGAAAGAUAAAGAAAGUAGAGCCUGAAUUCACCACUCCCUGAUUUCUUCUAGCUGGUAUAAUCUCUAACCUGCAAACAAGUAAUAUCCUGUCCUAAAAAUUUUAAGCUUCAGAAUCUUGAAAACAACUUUCCCUCCCCCAAAAUAAAAGCAAAACCCAAACCCAGAUAGCUUCUAUAAGCAAAUGUAAAAUACAGAUAAAAUCAACCUGACGUUGAAAAAAGCAGCAGCUCCUUGUUCUGAAGCUGGGGUUUCGACUAAUCAGAGAUGCUCAUCGCUUGUCUUUAUCCUACAUGAUUGGCUAAAAGGGUAAGAAUUACACCCCAAAACCACUUUCCUCCUCCUCCCCCAGUCCUCCCCCCUUACACGUUAGCGUGUUUUUAAAGAAGACCAUGAGGGGAAGGGAAGAGGGGAGCUCAGAGCCUUCUUCAGCCUCAAGAUGAGGACAGCUGGGCCAGAAAUGGAUCUCAUUCAGCUUUCACCUGUGACUACGGUCACUUUCAGCUAUGAUGACUACUACUAUGAGGACGAGGACAGCUGCCAGCAUAAGCAGCUACAACAUAUGACUGCUUUCCUCCCUAUCCUGUACGCUGCCGUGUUCUUGGUGGGCAUUCUUGGCAACUCCAUCCUUAUUGUAGCCUUAGUCUUCAAGCGACGGGUCCAGAGGCUGAUUGACGUCUUCAUCAUCAACCUCGCUGCUUCAGACUUCAUCUUCCUCAUCACGCUGCCAUUCUGGGUGGACAAGGAGGCAUCAGAUGGGAUGUGGAGGGUAGGAUCUUUCCUCUGUAAAGCUAGUUCUUACAUCAUCUCAGUUAACAUGUACUGCAGCAUCCUCCUCCUCACUUGUAUGAGUGCAGACCGGUACCUUGCCAUCAUGUACCCCUCCAUUGCUAGAAGGGUCCGAACCAGAUCCUAUUCCAGUGGACUUUGCUUCUGCGUCUGGUUGUUAUCCUGCUGCUUAGGGACGCCAACUCUUUUGUCCAGAGAACUGGAAGAGCGCUACGGCAAGAUGUACUGCACAGACAAAGAUGUGACAGAAUCCAAACAGAUCACAUCACUGGUGAUUUUAAUCCUGGCCUUCUUCUUCCCACUGUUGAGCAUUCUGACCUUUUACUGCUCCAUCACAAGGAGACUCUGUAUGCAUUACCAGAGAUCUGGGAAACACGAUAAGAAACUGAGAAAAUCUAUCAAGAUCGUCUUUAUUGUGGUGGCUGCUUUUGUCAUCUCUUGGGUCCCCUUCAAUCUCUUCAAGCUUAUGGCCAUCCUUUUGCGACUGCAGAAGCUGCAUGACUGUUUUCUUGACAUGGUUGCUCAGCUGGGCAUUAGGGUGAGCAGCCCCUUUGCCUUUGCCAACAGCUGCGCCAACCCUUUUAUUUACUACUGCUUUGACAACUACAUCCGCAGAGCCAUGCUCAGGUGCCUGUGUCCAUGGGUGAAAGCCAGCAACAGCACCACCAUCUCCGACACCUUGGAUACUCGCCUGAGCUACUCCUUAUCCAAUUUCAUCACAGGGGAGUACACUGCGAGGAAGAGGAGGCGCUCAGUUUCCCUUUGACUGGGAGCCAGGACUACAGAAGAAGGGACCUGUCUUUCCAAAGGUGGCAGGGAAAGAAUAAAGCAAGAAAAGGGGCAAAAAAUAAAUAAGCAGCAGAGGCAGAGCUGCAACUGUAGUGUAGCCAGCACUUAAGGCUGGUGGUACAGCACUUCCCUUUAAAAACACAGGUAUACUGAAUAGGAAACUUUAACCACAGAGCUACAGUUCACAGAGAUCACUGUGUCACUUUGCAGUGUAAGUCUGAAACUGCUGUGUUGAGAGACAUCCACCUAGGCUGGUGCUGGAACUGCAGCCCAAGAGCUACCAGCUGAGAGUAAAGUCAGGCCGAUCAGCCAAAGCCGCCCUGAGGCAAGCUUUGAACAAAUGCAUAGGUUUUCAUCCUGCUCAGAACAAGAAAAAGCAAUAGAAGUACUUCUCCUCUCUGGUUCCUAGCUUUCUCACAGAAAUAUUGCAGCGCUCUGUAAAAAACCUGAUGAAUUCUCCUUUUUUUUGGACGUUUUCUGUAUUUAGAAAUGCAAUGCUUUAAUGAAUUUGUGUUACUUGCUCUUGUGACUUGAGUCCUGUGCAUCUUUCUUGAAGUUUCAGCUUCUCGAUUGAGAGAUUAAAUAUGUUUUAAUCAAAGGAAUUAAAGUCAGUUUCUAGCCCCUGUGGUUUCAGAAAGGAAAAAAAAAAAAAAAAGAAAAGAAAAAGAAAAAAGAAAAACAGCUUGAAGGCAGAGAAACCAGAAGACAAGCAAAAGAAACUACAUAUAAACCUUUUCUUAAUAGCAAACAACCAAAAAAAUAAAGAAAAUGGAGAGAACACCUUCACACUUUUUAAGAUGGUCUGGGGGGAUGUGGCAUGAUUUCUGAUUGCUCGGCUUGUCUAAUGCUACAACACUGUGUGUCCAGCUUUGCUUUGUUUAGGCGCAAUCCAUAUUAAGAUGCAAGCAAAGUCAAAUGCAAACAUGCCUGAAAAGCGAAAUUAGCCAAAGGAUCACAAACGUUUGACUGAAACAGAGAAUGCUGAGACACCUUGCAUGCAGGAACACUCGUGGAAAAGGAAUUCAAAAGUAACUCUGUUGAAGUUCACUGGUAAACUCUAUGAAUAAUUCAUAAUAAUAAAAGCUCUGUGAAUUUGUC